AUGAAGGAAGAGCUGAAAAAGGAGUUUUAUGGAACGACGCUUCCUCCCCGACUCGAGAAAUUUGAAGCUCUUCUCAAAAACAGGGAUGAAGGCAAGGGCUUCUUUCUGGGCGAAAAGGUGAGAUACGAGUAAUGCGCAAAUUAAGCAUAGCAAGGGGUAUUAGGCCUGCUUAGAACACUAACGAGUAUAGAGCGUUUUCACUCACGUGGUCAGCAUCUAUGCUAGUUUAUUGGAACAAAAGAAAGUUUUUACAUAAGAAAAGAGUUCAACUUCCACAAAACUGGUUUGGGACACAAACAUGGCCGACGGUUCAUUGGUUUGGGACACGAAUAUGGCCGCCGUGACGUCAUGUGAAAACGAUCAAUAGUAAUUAAGUCAUAAAUAAAACGAUGAUAGCCUUCGAAUUCAGCCAUCUGUCAUCGUUCUUGCCACUAGGGACGUCCCAAGCGGCGAUCGAGAAGCGAGAAGGGACGCCUUUAUCCUCAGGCUAAAACGAUGACCGCACCCUGAGCCUUCAAAGUUCAACCCGUCCCAAAGAAAGUCUUUUCAAAAAAUUUUAAAAUAUAGCAACGUCAGCACAUUUUGCAUGGCACUGAGCAGCAUGAAUUCCUAGCGUGACGUCUUCCCUUCUGUUACUCUGUAAAUUUGGUGCGCGUCAGGGGUUUGGUCAGCGAUUUUUUUAAAAUAGGGAGUGCUAUGACAAUGACGACAACAAAAACGUCAAAAAACUAAUAGGUUCAGUGAAUAGUCACGGCAACAACUCUUCUAAAACGCGUCUUAUUUUAGAACAGCCCUUAGCAGCUGUUCUUAGAAAAACGUCGUAUAAAUGGCCUUCGCGUCUUAAAUAAGGCGCAAACGCAUAGUAAGCAUGCGUUAAUUUUUGGCGGGAAAAUUUUCGCUUGCCCCGCGGUGGACUGGCAGGCUACUGGCAGGGAAAAGUUAUUACAUAUUACAACGCGUUUUCGAUUCCUUGGGCUGCCGUCUAUUCUAAGACUUUUAAGCUUUAUUGUUUCUUAAUUCGCUCAUGUAUAAUGAGCACGCUGACAAAGACAAAACGAAACACCGAAACACGUGGUCCACCGCUGAAGAAAAGGAUUUUUUGUUGUUAUGCAAAGAGAGGGCAAUAGCAGAUCUCGAGGACAAAUGUUGGAUUGCCGUUGCUACGGGCAACAUUCACAUGGAUACGAGUCAAGAACAGAAAUAAGACGCGAACCAUAUUUACACGAGCUGUUUUCGUCUUAGAUAAGACCUGCUCAUAUAAAUGGUACAGUUCGCGUCUUAAGUAACACGCGUCUUAUUUUUCCUCGUAUAAAUGGCCCUCGUAUGUGCGGUUACACGGGACAUUUUUUUAUUUACCAUGGUAAAUAUUAAUGACCCUUUUACCGUGGAAAAUUGCUUCGGUGCGUGUGACCGGACUUUCCCGAGAUAAAUUUACCAUGGGAAAUAUCCAUGGUUACGUCAAAAAUAGCAAAGAAACCGCUUAUAACAUUAAACUUGGUAAAAAGCAAGGGUUUUCCGAUACCCAAGGCAAAGCAGCCAAUCAGAUUUCUUCAACAUGAAACCCCGAACAAUUGCUUUUUUUAAAAGGGUUUCUUUGACACUGUUGAGAGAAAGAUCGAUGGUGACAUGGCAGAUUUCACGUUAAGAUGAAAGAAACAAGGGAAAUUUGAGGCAAAAUUUUGAACUGGUUUGUUGGGAUAGAUCGAACCGUUGGAUGCAGCUGAACUGUAAAAUCGAACUAUAUACCUUCGCUAAAUUAUCAUGAAUAACAUACCAGUUGAAAAUUAUAGGUAAAUUUUCAACAUAACAUAAAAUACUGCCAUUGUCGACGGCGGUUAUUACCGUUAUUGCUCGAAUGAAGCCGUUAAAUUUACCACGGCUUCGUUAACGUGGGAAAUGCCUUUUACCAUGGUUUGUGUAACUGCGUCUAUUACCUGAGGCUUGUAGCACACACUCAGAAGAAAGGCUCCCCUAAUCCUACGCCCCUAGCGUAACUGCGAUUUCUUUCUGUUUCUUAUCUGCAGCUGAGCUAUGCCGACAUCACUUUCUUUGACUUCUUUAACAGCUUCCAUUCGAAGGGUAAAGAGGAUGUUCCUGGGGAACUUGAGAAGUUCCCGCUCUUGGUGGAGCAUUAUAAACGGGUGUUAAACGUGCCCGAAAUAAAUGAGUGGGUAAAGAAACGCCCUGUAACCGAAUUCUAA